AUUAAUCGCACUCGGGAUGGCUGGAGGUGUUCGCUGGCAGCGGCAACUGAUCAGUAAACUCUCCAUUUCUUUCCCACCUUACUCCGCCCACCUUCAGUAGCUCUCUUCUGUCGAAGUUUAGUGGAGAAACUAAAACAAGAUAUCAACCUUAACUCUCCCAACAAAGGUCUGCCUGGAAACAUGACUGAUGUGCCUGUAAAUACUCCUGCAAGUGGGGAUGGAGUUGGUGUACUAUCUGAAGCUGAAACAGAGGAGCUCAGGAGUGAACUUGCCAAGGUUGAGGAUGAAAUAGCAACACUUCGACAGGUGCUAGUUGCCAAAGAAAAACAUGCUUCUGAUAUCAAAAGAAAGUUGGGAUUGACACCGUUCACUGAGCUCAAACAAAACUUAAGCAAGAGUUGGCAAGAUGUACAAGCAUCAAAUGCCUAUAAAGGAGCAUCUGAAAAAGUUGAAGAUUUGAAUAAGACAAUCACUCAGUCUGAAGUGUACAAGAAAACGCAAGCAACACUUUCCACUGCUGGAUCAAAGACCUCUAGUGCCAUUUCCAGUGUUGGCUCAGCUCUUAGUAAGACGCUGGGGGAAAUUAAGGAAUCACCCACCUUCAAGUCAUUUGAAGAAAGUGUUGGAAAUCUAAAGGCUAAAGUCAUUGGGAAUGAAAGUAACAACAAAGAUGGCUAUCAUACUCCUACUGCUUCAAGCCCAACUACAGAGGAAAAACUUUCACAGGACAAUGCACCUUUCUGAACAAGAGCUGUUCUCUUCAUACCUGACUCACUGAAUCCCAAAUCUACACAAAUUGAAUUUAAUGCAACUGCAGUCAUCAUGUUAAUGUGCAUAUCAUUAUUUGAAACCCAUUUAAUGAAAAGUGCAUUAAAACUGAUCUCCUAGAAGUCUGAUAACCAUUUUGUAAUAUGUAAAGCUUGAACACAAAUGUGGCUGUCAGAAUUCUUCUAGUAAAUUUGAAACAGCAUCAAAUUCUCUUUAUAAAGCGAUUGUCGCCAUUUGAAAACUAGCUCUGACUACCUUUUAAAACAUCCAUUUCAACACUUGGCACACUACUAUUAACUCAGAUUCAUAUCAUAUUAGCCUUACUUUGCUUUAAUGCCACUUUUAUAUGUAUGGGCCAACUCUGGGAUGCAAGUGGAUAGAAUUUCCAGUACUAUUUAAGCUUGUAUAGAAUGACUAUUUACCACAACAGACGUUCUUUCAGGAGAGCUUAUUUGGACAGGGAUGACUUCUGCUUCUGUUGUACGUCCAGCUGCUUUAAACUUGUAUAUUUAGUACAUUUGUUAGUGACUGAAGCAAGCUGAAUUUUUAAAAUAUUAAAACCAAAAUUCUGAUUACAGGUUAGGCUUAAUAUCCAGUGGGCGAUAAGGGAUAUAAAUGUGAAAUUUUGAGUUUUAAUGGAAUGACAGUGUAGGUUUUAGUGUAGAGUGUUUUGAUGCAUUUGAGUAAUUAUCUGGCCAUUUCUAGUUUCAAGCAAAUGGUGUGGGGGUUGUUCUGCUGUUCCAUGUAUGCAAGGAUAUAAUUGUACAUUUCCCUUUCUAUCACUAGAAUGCUCACAAUUAAACAUUGGUUAUUAAA